AUGGUAACAGUGAUUGAGUUCUUAAAACCCCGUAAUGAUUCUUGCGGAAAUGAUCGCACAGUUCAAAGAACAUCUAAGGGACUGAGUUGUUAUGCAACAUUUGCAUUACAUUUGUGUGUUGUUUUACACUCCCUGUUUGCCGAACAGUUACUGUAUGUGUUUGUGUCCUUUCUCUUGUUUGACGAUUAUGAGCUGGUAAUCAAUUUGAUUUUUCAUGACAACGAUGAUGUGUUCUAG